UCUCAAUUGAGUUUAGGUAGGUACAUACUUACCUACUGCAUGGACGCAUUGGCCAUUCCACAUGCAUCAAGUACAUAGUACUUUAGGUAUUGUAAUUUGUACCUACCAUUCCUAUGUCUUUUACGUACAACACAAAAGUACCCUUGCGCAGAUAAGGUACCACCUGAUGGCAUGAUGUAACCACCACCUAAACCCCACCAUUUGGCCCUGUAAGAGGUUUCUCGGUCUUUACCUAAAUCAAUUGACCCAUCACCCCGGUACUGAGGUAGGUAUUUACCGGGUUAGCAAGAUUCAAAAAAUUUGGAGGCGAGCCGAAUGUUUAAUAUCGAAUAUCGAUGCUUACAAACCAAGCCAGUCUUCGCUAAUUGUUCAUUAUUCCUAGUCUUCCGGACGACAUACCAACUUCUUACCGAAAAACCACUAGUUAUACAGCAUUCGUUCCUUUUUUUUUUUUCAAGUCGUUCCUUUCUUCGUGCAGCUCGCUAGUAAAAAGACAAUGUAUAGAUCCGCCUUGCGAUCCGCGCCCAGAGUCGCAAAUAGUCUGCGAUCAACCAUCAUCUCACCCGGUGCGCGACGGUUCGCCUCGACCUCCCCCGAGGGCAAAAAACGAAGUUGGAAGAGCACAGCUGUAAGAUGGGGUCUGGCUGCGGGUAUCGUUUAUUUUUAUAGCACCGGCGCAGUCUUUGCCGAAGAACCGUUGCCUAAAACGUCACCGCCGCCUCCCGAAUUCUCCGACCAAGAUCUUCCAACCGUAGAAGCCGUAGUGGCACAGAAGCGCCGGGAAGCCGAAGCACGACUGCAAAAGGCCGCAGCGGCUUCCGAGCCUCCCACGGCCAGCCUACCUUCGGAAACAUCCCCUUCGGCACCAGCUAAGCAUGUCGAGGCACAAGACCAGGCUAGCCCCCCGGCUGGAAGCCCAGAAGCUUUAGAAGAAGAGGCGGAUCAGCAGGGAGCGUUCAACCCUGAGACGGGCGAGAUUAAUUGGGACUGUCCUUGCCUGGGUGGGAUGGCUCACGGACCCUGCGGCGAGGAAUUUAAGGCCGCCUUUAGCUGUUUCGUCUACUCCAAGGAGGAGCCGAAAGGCAUGGACUGCAUUGAUAAAUUCCAACACAUGCAAGACUGCUUCCGACUUCACCCCGAAGUAUACGGAGAGGAAUUAGACGACGAGGAUGCACCUAGGGAAGAUGCUCCUGAGAUCGCGACGGACAAAUCGGCGGUCAAGACGUCAUCGUCUGGUGAGAACGACGCGGAGACGAAAUUAGAUGAAACGACACCAGCAAAAAAGGGAAAGUCUGCGGCUACUGCAGACGUGGAGAACGGAGCGGCGGUAAAGGAGGCGGAGAAGCAGAACGUCCCUCCUGCGCAACCCUAAGUGAUGGGAUGGAGAUGGGAUCCUGGGCACUUCGGACCUAUAACGUACACUUAAAUACUAACCACCGAUACGGUCUAAUAAGAGAGAGAGAGAGAGACAGAGAGAGAGAUAGAUGUAUGUACCUGGAACCGUGCAACCUGUACAAACAUUAGGUAAACACCGAUUACGUUUAUCGUAAUCGUUUAUUAAGUGUAUAUUUAUAAGACGCAUGAGAUAUACGGCGAAAUGAACCAAGCAUCUCCUUUUUAACAUGAUGUUAUACCUUUUUUUUUUUUCUUCUACUCGUGAUAGGUAUAUUGGUAUUGUAUCCCCCCCUCAGCCUUAAUCCGGGGUUGUGGGUUAGUCGUCAAGGAUAAUGAAAGACAAUGCGGGCGGUCGGCCCUACGACAGGGACCCCUUGGUUAUUACUGUGUUCUCGGUCUUUUUAUUUUGGAUGCGAAGAUCAAAGAGGUAUGGACUACAACGACCUUGGCUGACCACCUGGGGUAAUCCCCACACAGUUCGGGGGAUCAUGUACAAGUCUCCCCCUGCUCACCUCCA